CAAUUGAGGGGUGACUCAUGCCCUUCGACGGAACUGAACUCACCUACGUAUGGUCACGUGGUAGUCUACAGCGCCGUGCGUGACUCACCUGCAGUUUCAACAACACGCCCAUACCUGCAAAAACCAGGAAACGCAAAGCAUUGCCGCAAAACGAACUGCUUUUUUGUUACGUCAAAACUCACCUUCUGCUGGUGUACUAUCAUAUUCGGUUUUUAAUCGUGGUUUUCCAGCAAACGACCAAAUAUCUAGAAUUUCCAUUAGGGACCCAUCCAGUACUGACCAGUCCAACACUGACCUGUACCGAUCUAGCUGCUCCUGGGAUAGGUUCUACUGGACCAAAGAAGCCCAGUACCUGUGUCUCCGUCGACUCUCUUCACCCAGCUACUCUGCUAUUCUGACGAGCCCAGUCAUGGAGGAAACCGUGUGGGAGCAGUACACAGUAACGCUGCAGAGGGACCCCAAGAUGGGUUUUGGUAUUGCAGUGUCUGGGGGGCGGGACAACCCCAACGAGGAAAGCGGGGAGAUGUCCAUAGUGGUAUCUGACGUACUUCAGGGAGGGCCCGCCGAUGGCCUGCUAUUUGAGAAUGACCGGGUGGUGCAGGUGAACGCCAUUCCCAUGGACAACGUGCCACACUCCUUCGCUGUACAGACCCUCAGAAAGUGUGGAAAAGUAGCCAAAGUUACGGUCAAGAGGCCCAGGAAGGUUCCGGUGAACCUGCUGAAACGCGCCCCUUCCCCUGAUGACCGCGUCUUCAGUAACGACUACAACGAUGACUAUGACUACGAGCAGGACCGCCGCAGUGUGUACAGCGGACGCAGCAGUCAUCAAGACCGCGACCACAGCCAGGAGAGGGGUGGUUACACAGACGCUGGCUAUCAGGGACGGGGCUUUGACCGUGAUUACGGUCGAGAUGACCGGGGCAGAAGUAUGGAGAGGGACCUCCAUCCAGACAGGCAGUACAGACGAGACGGGAGCAUGGGUCGCACUCUGGACCGUGAACGUAGCCCUGACCGCCGUUACAAAAGCGACCUCACUCUUGACCGCGACCACAGCCCCGAUCGGCGUUACCGCAGCGAACGGGCCCUUGACCGCGACCCCAGCCCCGACAGGCGUUUCCGUAGUGAACGCACUCUGGACCGCACUAACAGCCCCGACCGACGGUACAGAGCCGGUCACAGUCCCGCCCGCAGCCAUGGUCGCGACCACAGCUUUGAACGUAACCGUGAACGUGUUCCCAGUGACCACGACCACAGGAAAGAGCAGAUGAAGAGGAGCGGGAGCAGGGAGCGUCUGGACCGCUCACCCUCGCCCACCGCCAUGCCAGUCCCCAAAGCCCGCCCCCCUCGGGAGCAGGAGCCCCUGGAGGAACCCCUCAACGUGCUGCUGCUGAAGAACAGGCCCAAUGAAGAGUAUGGUCUGCGUCUGGGCAGUCAGCUGUUCAUUAAGGAGAUGACCAGUACAGGUCUGGCCUGCAGGGAUGGCAACCUCCAGGAGGGAGACAUCAUACUGAAGAUCAAUGGUACGGUGACCGAGAACCUGUCUCUGAGCGAUGCGGGGAAGCUGAUCGAGAAGUCUCGAGGAAAGCUGCAGCUGGUGGUGCAGAGAGACAGGAGACAGGUCCUCGUCAGGAUUCCUCCCCUGGCAGACAGCGACUCUGAGCUCGAUGAUAUCUCCGAGAUCGAGUCUUAUCGCUCCUACUCGCCACAGGAUGACCGACGGGCCCCCCACUCAGACCUGUCCUCCCACUCCUCCAAUGAGAGGCUCAGAGACAAACCCAGGGAGGAACCUCCCAGCAGGCUGGCUAAAAUGGGCGCUAUGCCGACACCGUUCGCCAUGCCGGCGCGAAAACCGGCUAGAGUUGUGGAGGACACGCCCCUUCUGCCAGCAGAGAGGGUGGAGCCCCGCCCAGAAACACCCCCAGCACCGGCAGUAACUGUUGCCCCAAAAGUCCACGCUGCCCCAAAGGUGCCACUGACGCCAAGCAUAGAGGAUCAGGAGAUAUACGGACCCAACACGGUGAUGGUGCGUUUCCAGAAGGGGGAGAGCGUGGGGCUGAGGCUGGCGGGAGGAAAUGAUGUGGGAAUCUUCAUCGCAGGCAUUCAGGAGGACAGUCCUGCAGAACAGGAGGGUCUUCACACAGGGGACCAGAUCAUGAAGGUGAAUAACAUGGACUUCAGGGGCAUGGUGCGUGAGGAUGCUGUCCUGUACCUGCUGGAGAUUCCAAAGGGAGAUGAUGUCACCAUCCUGGCUCAGAGCAAACCUGAUGUCUAUAAGGACAUCCUGGCAUCGGGCAGGGGGGACUCGUUCUUCAUCAGGACCCACUUUGAGUAUGAGAAAGAGGUUCCCCAGAGCCUGCCCUUCUCCCGAGGAGAGAUCUUCAAUGUGACUGACACACUCUAUGAUGGCAAGCUGGGCAACUGGCUGGCCAUCCGCACUGACAAAGACAACCAGCUGCUGGAGAAGGGCAUCAUCCCCAACAAGAGCAGGGCGGAACAAAUGUCAAAUGUGCAGAAUGCCCAGAGAGGAACAGCCAAUGACAGAGGAGACUUCUGGAGGUUGAGGGGUCAAAGGGCGGCGAAGAAGAAGGACCUCCGUAAGAGCAGAGAGGAUCUGACUGCCACCCCUGUCACCACUCGCUUCUCUGCCUACGAGAGGGUGGUCUUACGAGAAGCUGGCUUCAGGAGACCUGUGGUUGUGUUCGGUCCCAUUGCAGACGCAGUCAAUGAGAAACUGGCCAACGACCUGCCUGAGGAGUUUGUCAUAGCUAAGACCGAGCCCAAGGAUGCAGGCGCUGACAAGUCCUCCGGUGUGGUGAGACUCAAUACCAUUCGUCAGAUCAUCGAACAGGACCGCCAUGCCCUGCUGGACGUGACUCCCAAGGCAGUGGACACCCUGAACUACACCCAGUGGUACCCCAUUGUGGUGUUCCUCAACCCGGACAGCAAGGGGGGCAUCAAGACCAUGAGGAACCGCCUUGUGCCCGGCUCCAGUCGCAGCGCCCGCAAACUCUACGAGCAGGCGGUCAAAAUGAGGAAGACCUGUUCCCACCUCUUCACUGCGACUGUUGACCUGAACUCGGCCAAUGACGGGUGGUAUGGGAGUGUGAAAGACUCUAUCCGGGCACAGCAGGAGCGGGCUGUGUGGAUCUGUGAGGGCAAGUUGGACGGCUCGGAAGAGGAACUGGAUAUCCAUGAUGACCACAUGUCGUACCUGUCAGCGAUGAGCGCCGAUUACCUGAGCAUGGACAGCCGACUGACCAGCGACUUCGACGACACGGCCGACGAGGGUGGGGCUUACACCGACAACGAGCUGGAUGAGCCAAUGGACGAGCCCCAUCAGCCGGUGUCGGCCAUCAGCCGCUCCUCAGAGCCCGUACUGCCAGAGGAGAGACCGCAUCCUGCCCCCAUACCUCGUAUGAGGAGAUCAGGGAGCAGAGAGGUGCUGAGAGACCCCAGCCCGCCCCCCACCUUCGUCCCUGAGCCCCCCAAGCAGGUGAGGGUGCAGUCUCGAGGGGGUUAUGACUCCCACUCCAGCAGCACCAUUAGCAGUGAUGCGGCCGGGGGGUCCAAGCCCGCCCCGCCCCCUGUGGCCCUCAAACCCACCCUAAGGGCCCUCGGCCAGUCAUCUGAGGACUACAGUGUCCAGGGGGGAGAGGACCCGGCUAACCGCUCAUUCAUUGGCAAGGUGAAGGCCUUCGAAAAGAUGGACCACCUGGCCAGAGCCCAGAGGAUGCUGGAGCUCCAGGAGGCCGAGCAAGCACGGCUGGAAAUAGCCCAGAAGCACCCAGACAUCUAUGCAGUCCCAGUGAAACUACCAAAGCCCAACCGCCCACAGCCAAUAGGACUCAAUGCCCAACAAUCUGAAUGAACGAAAAUGUCUCUCUCCUGUGUGUCCAGCUCCAGCUCCAACCCAGAGCCCCAGACCCAGUCCUCCAGGCCACCGUACUCUGACAGCAGGGGUCACUACGACGACGAUGAGGAAGAGUACCGCAGACAGCUGGCCAACCAGACCAGACGAGGCUACUACAGCAACCCCCAGAAAUACAAAGACACUGAGAUGUAGGACAGACAGAUCCACCUGUUACACCUUACUGUUCUCACUGUGGUUACUCAAACACCCUAUCCCUGUGCCUGUCCUGUGGCCCCACCUAGUGGCAGGACCAUAUAUCCCAUUCAGGUGUCCUUACAUUGACCGUUUGCCUCACUGUGUGGAUGGCGUUUUUGCCUUUUAACCUCCCAACCCCGCGAUGUUCACCCCCUCAGUCAUAUUUAUCCAAACCAAUAGGGUUCGAGUACACUUUAUAACCGUGUGUGUAUAUAUGAUCUUUUUACAUGUUAUGUUUAUUUCAAUGUAACAAAUAAUGCUUAUCUGGACAGACAAUGGGUCAUUCUGUCUCCAGCUGGCCUGUUAGUGAGUGGUGGGUAAUCUCUCCUUUAAAUCAUGCAUUGCAUACCCUUUGAUUUACUUGUACUCUGUCCUUUUGUGUAUUUUAAUACUAGAGAUCAGUGCAUACCAAGUGCCUUAUAUAGUGUAGCAGUGUCAGAUCACUGAAAGAAGCAGUCUGCACUAGGCUCUGAGGUGAUGGAAAAAACACAUUUAUAUGGCAUAUACAGUAUAGAUGCGCUGAAGAGGGGACAUUCUUGUUUUACCAGGGUGUCACCCGUCUAUGCAUUUACUAUUUGAUUCAUGGUCCUCAUGCGGCUGAUAUCGUCUAGUUAACUUUCUCAAAUAAAUCUAUUUUAAACUUUCA